UCUGAGGCUAAAUUUGCAUACAACGGAACUUGUGUUCGGACAUGUCCUUUAAACGCUAGCAAAGUAGAUGAACAAAAAUACGAUAUGUAUACCUUAUUUGUUUGCAUGGAUUCCUGUCCUACGGAUAAAUUAAUUUUUAAAAACCAUUGCGUGUCUAGUUGUCCAAACUCCGAUACUGCAAUAUACAAAAGAGAAUGCGUACAGUGUAGCCAACUAGGGAUGUAUAAAGACAACCAACACUGUGUAAAUCGUUGUAAAGUUGUUCAAUUUAAAAAUAGAUGCUUCAACACAUGUCCUCCAGAUGUAAAAUUUGCACACAACGGGUCUUGUAUUCAGAUAUGUCUUCUAAACGCUAGCAAAGUAGACGAACAACAACACGAUCAAGGCAGCCUUCUUCUUUGUACGGAAAAGUAUCCUACAAAUAAAUUCACUUUUGGAAACAAUUGUGUAUCCAGUUGUCCGCAAUCUAAAAGUCUCCCACUCAACGGUAUAUGUACGGCGUGUCAUGAAGUUGGAAAAUUCGACGAUGGAUCAAAAUGUGUUGAUAAAUGUCGAAACCUGCAGCAUGAUUUUCGCUGUGUUGAUUAUUGUCCUUAUAAAUUUAAGAUAUAUAAUAAUUCGUGUGUCCGCAAUUGCCCAUUAGUAGCACCUUUGCUUGGUUUAAUUUCAAAUAACUACACUCACGUGAGUAAACAAGGAUGUGUUGCAAAUUGUCCAGAGGGUGAAUUCCUUGAAGAAAACAAAUGUGUGUCUUGGUGUUUCAGUCGCCAUUUUAUCUAUAAUAAUACAUGUGUUGAAAAAUGUCCUACAGGUGCGCCCUUUAUUACAGAUAAAAAACCUAAUUGGUACUACAUUAGAAAUUAUGAUUGUCUAAAACAAUGUAAAGACACACAUUAUUCAUUAAAUUUUACUUGCUUUGAGAAAUGCCCGCAUGGGUUUUAUGGGCAUAAAAAGCAGUGUAUCAAAAAAUGUCCUGAAGAUUUUCCGUAUAUCAACCAUGGACAUACAUGCGUUGAAAAUUGUCAAACCCUUCAUCAAGGAAUGAAUUGCUAUGAUACGUGCCCACAAGGAACAUACCAGUUCGAUGAAACUUGUGUGCAGAAUUGCCCUUCGAGCAAACCAUAUAAUUACAACAGUAAAUGUGUUGAUGUUUGUCCACACUUCUUGAUACAAAAUACCUGUUAUGAACAGUGUCCUUAUGGACUAGUGGGAUAUCAAAGGAAGUGUCUUCUAAAGUGUCCAACCGAAGCCAAAUAUAGAUACAACUGGGAAUGUUUUGUACAAUGUCCAAAUAAUACCAUACUUAAUUUACAGAAAUAUUCUUGUUUCGAUUCAUGCCCUAAUGGAAAGUUUAAGUACCAGCAGUUGUGCUAUGAUCAAUGUCCAUUGCAAGCACCAUAUUAUGUCAAAGGGGAAUGCGUGGAUUUUUGUGACGGUUAUCUAAAAGGAUCGAAGUGUCUUGAGCAUUGUCCACAUUUUUAUGACAACAAUUUUAAUUGCAUUAAGGAAUGUCCCAAAAAUUCAUAUCCACAUGGAAAGUUCUGCAAGACUGAUUGUCCGCAGUCUCUUCCGUUCACAGCAUUGUUCCCAAGUAUAAACAACAGAUGUGUAGAAAAGUGCAAUAAUUAUGAAUUAGCUACCGAAAAUUACAAAUGCAUCUUAAGUUCACAAUGUUCUGGCGUUAUAUACGACGACACGUGGUGUUUUCAGGCAUGCCCCUCGCAAACGUAUAUAAAACAAACAGAUGGUAAAAACCUGUGCAUCUCACUGAUACCAGUGUACUUAAUGAUUUGCAUUUUAUCUCUUAUUGUAUUUAUUAACAUAGCAUUCGGAAUUAAAGUUUGGUGGCAUUUUUACAAUCCAGAACAAUGGCUGCAAAGGAGGGACAAAUCAAAUGAAACUCAUUGAAACAUAUUUUAUUAUAAACCAAAAUUUUGGUAUAAACAGAAGAAAGAGAUACAUCCACACCCAGAGAAUGUCGCUCUAUUCCAUACCCUUACAUUUCGGGACUUUUUCUGGAAAGUACAGUCUGUAUUUUUUGAAAUCAUUUUAUCGUCGUGUUUUACAAACUGAAGAGAAUUGAAGUUUCUUUUAUCAUCGGAACAAACUACAGCAAAAUCAUUUAACAUUUUAAAGUGAUGUGUUUUAACCAAUACCCUGUUCAUUAAGCGUCUUUGAACUUUAUAUGUAAUUUUCUAUGAACUUCUAUACUUUUAAAAUUGUUUAAAUCAUCGGUACGUGUCUACAUAAUUGUGUUGUCUGUCUGACGGUUUUUUGCGUUUUUACAUAUAUCCUUGAUAAGUUCUUAAAGUAUUUAAUGCAUUGCAUACAUGUAUAAAUCUCCUUUCAAUGUAUAAACGUCUACCAUUCUACACUUUGUGUGUAAUUGUGCAUGCAUAAACUCGCUACUGGUUUUUACGUGUAUUUGUAAACUUAAGGGUGUAUGUCUUCUCAGUUUUAAAUGCACCUUAAUCAUUGGUUUUUUAUUUUAACCAUUGGUUAUUUUUUUUAGUUUAUAAUAGAUUGUACAUUUGGAUUUCUUUUCAAAUUAGUUAAGUGGACAUCAUAUCGCAAUUUGUAGAAAGACAUGUAAAUCCAGAGGCCUUAAUAAACAAGUCUCCAGCAAUGAUAAUGCGCUUUUUUGUCAAAUUUAUUUGAAUAGAUGCUUCGUUAUAGAUACUUGUGUCUCGAUUGUAGCUUAGGUUGUAAAUGUUCCAUUAUGCAUAUUGUAGUAAUGUUUCCCUAUUUUUGUGUUUAAUUGUAUUCGGCAUUAGAACAAUUUAACCCUUAACUUGUGUAAGUAUUUUAACACGUCUAUACUAGAACACAUGUUAAAUAAUCCAUGCACCUAGACAUUCCUCAAAGAUGUAUCUCACGCUUCGAAGUAUUUAACAUUGCUGUCAAGUUGAUGUUUUAUUA